AUGGGGACUGAAAAUCCAAACCGUGUGAAUACUUAUCCAGGGCCAACUCCUACUCCUUUUGCAGCUCCUCGAAGCAACAUGCCCAUUUCUUCUUCUCAUCCUGUGGUUGGAUCAGAGGCCUCUGCUUUCAGGCCUACAUCAGUCCCUGCAACAUUAACUACUCCAUUUUCUUCUCCUGGGCCCACGGUUGGAUCCGGGACUCCUGGUUUUAGACCCAUGCAACCAGGUAGGCCUACUCCUUCAUAUGGCCCACCAACCACAGGACCUACACAACGUUUCCCAACUCCACAGUUCCCCUCAGCAGCUCAACCAUCCAUGCCACCAACUUCCGGUGUGGGGCAGCCCAUAUUCCCUCCAACAAUGAGACCUCCACCUCCUGGCCAUGUUCCACCAAUGUCAACCUCCCUAAAUCGUCAUCCACCACCAGCACCAAUGGGAUCACCACCCCAAAGCUUGUACAGUGUUUCUUCUAGGCCAAACAUGCAGCAACCUACACCCCCAACAGGACCACCAUCUUCUUUACCUGGCUAUAUACAGAGUAACACAGUAACAUCACCACCACCACCGCCACCACCAGGUUCUCAUCAAGGAGGCUAUACCCCUCAGCCAAUAGCAUCUUCUCCUUUUUCUUCUAAUCAAGUAGGUUAUACCCCUCAGCCAACCACAUCUUCUCCUUUUCCUUCUAAUCAAGGAGGUUAUACCCCUCAGCCAACUGCAUCUUCUCCUUUUUCUUCUAAUCAAGGAGGUUAUGCCCCUCAGCCAACCGCAUCUUCUCCUUCUCAUCAAGGAGGUUAUCCCCCUCAGCCAGCCGCAGCUGCUCCUUUUUCUUCGCAUCAAGGUGCUUAUGGACAACCUCCACCAGGAGCAUCUCAACCAGGAAUGUAUGCAGGAGGCUCCGCACCUCCAAUGGGAGCUAUGGCGGGUGGUUUGGUAGAAGAUUUUAGCUCACUUUCUCUAGGAUCUACACCUGGAUCAUUUGAUGUUGGGCUUGAUAGUAAAGUAUUGCCAAGACCACUGGAUGGUGAUGUAGAACCAACUGCUUUUGCUGGGAUGUAUCCCAUGAAUUGUGAUUCUAGAUUCUUACGACUUACCACUAGUGCUAUACCAAAUUCACAGUCUCUGGUUUCAAGGUGGCAAUUGCCUCUUGGAGCAGUUGUUUGUCCCCUGGCAGAAGCUCCUGAGGGGGAGGAAGUUCCAAUAGUUAAUUUUGCUACAACAGGCAUUGUGCGUUGUAGAAGAUGUCGCACAUAUGUGAACCCGUAUGUGACUUUUACGGAUGGUGGAAGAAAGUGGAGAUGCAAUAUAUGUGCUUUGCUUAAUGAUGUGCAAAAUGAUUAUUUUGCUCAUUUGGAUGCCACUGGAAAAAGAGUUGAUCUGGAUCAACAUCCCGAGCUUACAAAGGGUUCUGUGGAAUUUGUUGCUCCUGCUGAGUACAUGGUUCGGCCUCCAAUGCCACCACUAUACUUUUUCUUGAUCGAUGUAUCGAUAUCUGCAGUUAAAAGUGGAAUGCUUGAGGUGAUGGCACAAACUAUAAAAUCUUGUUUGGAUAAGUUGCCAGGCAGCCCCAGAACACAGAUUGGGUUCAUUACUUUUGACAGCACCAUUCAUUUUUAUAAUAUGAAGUCAUCUUUGACACAGCCUCAAAUGAUGGUCGUCUCAGAUUUGGAUGAUAUUUUUGUUCCAUUGCCAGAUGAUCUCCUUGUCAACUUAUCAGACUCUAGACCUGUGGUUGAGGCAUUCCUGGAUAGCUUGCCUUCCAUGUUUCAGGACAAUGUCAAUGUUGAAUCUGCUUUUGGGCCAGCCCUCAAAGCAGCUUUUAUGGUUAUGAGCCAACUUGGAGGGAAAUUGUUAAUAUUCCAGAGCACUCUUCCCUCGCUUGGUGUUGGUCGUUUGAGGUUGCGUGGAGAUGAUCUUCGUGUUUAUGGAACAGAUAAAGAACAUGCUUUAAGAAUACCAGAAGACCCAUUUUAUAAACAGAUGGCAGCCGAUUUCACUAAAUUCCAGGUUGCAGUCAAUAUAUAUGCAUUCAGUGACAAGUAUACUGAUAUAGCUUCACUAGGCACUUUGGCAAAAUACACUGGUGGGCAGGUAUAUUAUUAUCCGAGCUUCCAUUCUGCCAUUCAUACAGAGAAGCUGAGACAUGAGUUGGCUAGAGAUCUUACUAGAGAAACUGCAUGGGAAGCUGUCAUGCGUAUCAGAUGUGGGAAAGGAGUGCGUUUCACUUCUUAUCAUGGAAACUUUAUGCUAAGAUCCACAGAUCUAUUAGCACUUCCAGCUGUUGACUGUGACAAAGCUUAUGCAAUGCAAUUUGCUCUUGAAGAGACAUUGCUCACAACUCAGAUUGUAUAUUUCCAAGUGGCUUUAUUAUACACCGCAUCCUGUGGUGAAAGGCGUAUUAGAGUACACACCGCUGCAGCAUCAGUGGUUGCAGAUUUAGGAGAAAUGUAUCGCCAAGCAGAUACUGGUGCCAUUGUUUCCUUACUUGGUAGAUUAGCAAUUGAGAAAUCUUUGACUUAUAAAUUGGAAGACGCGCGUAACGCAAUCCAACUAAGAAUCGUGAAAGCUCUAAAAGAAUACAGAAAACUUCAUGCUGUACAGCAUCGUGUGGGAAACAGGAUGAUUUACCCGGAAUCAUUAAAAUAUUUAUCUCUUUACGGAUUGUCACUAUGUAAAUCAACCGCACUUCGUGGUGGGUAUGCGGAUGCACAACUUGAUGAAAGAUGUGCAGCAGGCUUUACCAUGAUGGCUUUACCCGUUAAAAAAAUGUUAAAACUCUUAUAUCCUAGCCUGUUACGAGUCGACGAGUAUCUCGUGAAGGCACCUAGAGUUGAUGGCGAAUUUGAGAGAAUUUGUAAACGGCUUCCACUUGUUGCAGAGAGUUUGGAUUCACGAGGGAUUUAUAUAUUUGAUGACGGUUUUCGUUUUGUGGUGUGGUUCGGGCGCAUGCUUUCGCCUGAUUUAGCCAGGAAUCUAGUAGACGAGGAUUCAUCUGCUUCGGACUUCUCCAAGAGCCAGGUCUGUCUGAAUGAACGUGAGAAUGAAUUGUCGAGAAAGCUGAUGGGGAUAUUAAAGAGACUCAGAGAAGGGGACGCGUCUUAUUAUCAAUUAUGUCACCUUGUUAGACAAGGGGAACAGCCUCGGGAAGAUCCAUCGACAAGUCCAGCAAUAAUAUCCACCAGGGGGACUUCAAAUCAAAUACAUGAAUUUGAAUUUAUUUUUAUCACCGUUUGAGAGUUAUGCCAAGGACAUCUUUUUAUCGGGAACUUAUCUAUCUAUAUCUAAUAUCUAUGGUGCUGAUAAGACGUCAUCCUGUUUGUUUGCUUCUUCACCAUGGAUUUUUGUUUCACUAGGCUAUAUUUUUAAGUUAUAUAUAUAUACACUCAUACACGAUUGUUUUCUUUUUCUUGAACCAAGGGUUUAAAGCCAAUCUAGGCAUGGCCCAACAUAAAACCUUUGUUUUGUUGGUUGAUGAAUUUUCAUAGGAGAUAUGAAACGAGAGCGUUUUUUUUUUUUUUUUUUGCAGGAGGGUAUUGUGUCAUUUGAUUUAGAGUAACGUUUGAUAGACUAGUGUUGCUUUUUUGUU